AUGGUUAACCGCCAGCUCAGCUCAGCUAGUUUCUCAGAGGAAAGACCAGAACCCAUGCCUGGUACUAUAGUGGAUCCUUAUGUCCUCGCGCCUGGCAAGUUUUUGUUGCCCGCUCCAACCUCUCAGAGGAUGGAGAAGCAUGGCCUAGAAAGAGAGGGUACACACGCGCUACUCUUCUUCCUCGACCAUCCAGAUAAAGACGGCCCUCCACUUAUAUCCUCGCUGAUCCUUCCUGUAGAGCUAGCCGUAUUAAUAGACUAUGGGGGCAUGCUGAUCAUGUUCAUCUCUCUGUUCCAUCUUCCAUCUUUCUCUCCUCGGCAACCUCCGCUAUCCCUGCACCAGGGGCCGCAUGCAACACUCCACACCAUGCACCUAGGGAGGUUUUGCAAGGGUUAA